AUGGAUGAACAGUUCAAAGCAUGGGACAAUUACCUUCAUUCACGCGGCUACCCACUGGAGAUACAAUGGGAGUUCACGAUGCAGAUGAUCGAUCCUUAG